AUGAGACGGAUACUGGUCACCGGCGCCGCCGGACAGCUUGGUUCCGAGUUGAUACCCGCCCUGCGGGAGCGGUACGGCAGCGACAACGUCGUCGCCGCCAUGCACCGCAGUCCCUUGACCGAGGAGGUCGCGGACUCCGGUCCUUUCACCCAGGUUGACGCGACUGAGCAGGACUCGGUCGAACGCGCCAUCCGCGACUACGACAUCGACUCUCUCUACCACCUCGGCUCGCUGCUGUCGGUGGCCGCCGAAGCCAACCGCCCGCUCGCCCAUCGAGUGAACAUCAUCGGCCUGCUCAACGUCCUCGAGGCGGCCUGCGACACCGGCCUGGAGCGGGUGGUCAUCCCCAGCUCCAUAGCCGCCUUCGGCAUCGACACCCCCCACGACAGCACCCCCAACGAGACCCUGCAGCGGCCCACCUCGCUGUACGGUAUCUCCAAGGUCUUCGGCGAGCUGAUGGGCAACUACUUCUUCGAGCGAGUUGGCUUGGACGUCCGCGGCGUCCGCCUCCCCGGCGUGGUCAGCUGGAAAGUGGAGCCCGGCGGCGGCACCACCGACUACGCCGUCGACGCCUUCUACGGAGCCAUCAGGGAGGGCCGCUACACCUGCUAUCUGCGCCCCGGCACCUACCUGCCAAUGAUGUACGUCCCCGACGCCAUCAAGGCGCUGAUCGAAGUAGCCGAGGCCGAUGUCGACGGCCUCAAACACCACGCCGAUUACAACGUCAACUCCAUGAGCUUCGAGCCCACAGAGCUCGCCGAAGCUAUCCGACGGCGGAUGCCGGGAUUCGAAAUGGACUACGACGUCGACCCUCUGCGCCAGUACAUCGCCGACUCUUGGCCCAACUCCCUCGACGACUCCGUGGCCCGCCAGGAGUGGGAUUGGCGUCCCGACUACGGCCUCGAGGCCAUGGUCGACGACAUGUACGAGAACCUCUCCCGCAAGCUGCUCGGAUAA